AUGGGAAGCUACAUUAAUUUGAGUGGAUAUCAAAUUCCCAAGAAUGAGUUUGACAAAAUGUGUCCGUUCGAACGACACAAACUUAUGAUGUCUCUUCGUAUGUUGGAAAAAAACAAAAAUGUUAACUGUGAAUAUUUAACUGAUUAUGAUAUUUUAAAAAAAAAAUACAAAUUCAUACAUGAUGUGUCUAAAGAAAAUAACUCACUUUUGCAAAACUACUAUAGCAGUAUUUGCAAUAAGUAUGUUAUAUGCGAUUUAUCCAAAUAUAAAGAAGCAAAGAUAGGGUUGAGGUGGAGAACAGAAGAGGAAAUAAUAAAAGGGAAAGGACACAUAAUAUGUUGUUCUAAAAAAUGUGAUAAUACAAAUUUAAAUACAUAUGAAUUUUUAUUUCAAUAUGUUGAAGAAGGAAUCGAAAAGAAGACCAAAGUAAAAGUACGAGCAUGUAUGGAUUGCGCAUAUAAAUUGCAUUAUAGGAAAAUUAAAAAAUAUUUAAAAAAAAAGAAAAAAAAAAACAAACAAAAAGAGAAAAAAAUUAAACAUAGGAGAACAAGCUCAAGUAAUGAAUGUAGUAAUACUUCAUCAAGUUUGAAUGAUAAUCGUUCAAAAUCAAACAAAAAGGAAUUAUACUAUAUUAAAAAAAAGCUCGAAAAAAUAUCCUUAAAGGCUCAAGAAAAAAAAAAUGAAGAAAACAUGUAUUUUCAUGAUUUGAUAUUUUAA